CCGUCGGGCCGGAGAGCUUGGCCUUCGAUCCUCGCGGCGAGGGCCCUUACACGGGGGUUUCCGACGGUCGAAUCAUCAAGUGGCACCGCGCUCUCAAUCGUUGGCUCAACUUUUCCGCAACUUCUUCGCACAGGCUAUUCCAAGGAUAAAAGAAAGGGCCUCUGCAAAAAUAAAGAAUAUUGGGUUUGUUCACUUGCGUUUUUAUUUCUUAUUUUCUUUUUUAAUUGCAAAACUUAUACUUUGUUUUCAAUUUUAUUCUUGUUUUUAAAUAUUUAUACAGGAAAUAGAGAAAAAAAAAUUUAUUUUCAGUGUUUUCUAUACAAAUAUUAGAGAGAUAGACGGAGAAGUGUGGGAUAUUACAAAUGAUGUGACGGAGAAAAAUUGAAAGCAAAAUAGUGUUGUAAAAAGUUAUGUAAAAUUAUUGCAUAACUAAAAAAAUAUAUAUUGAAUUUGUUUAGAUACAAGUUUAAAAGAAUUUUUGAAUUUUUUAUUAAAAAUAAAAGUAUUUUCAAAUAAAAAAAAUUCUUAAUAACCCUUCUAAACAAUUAGAUCUAAACAUAAUUAUUACCAAAUAACAGAUCAUUAUGUAACUAUUUUAAAUAUCCAGAGGCAAAAGAGUUUUGUCAUUAACAAUAAGUCUUUUGUGUUUAAGUAAGAUUGUCUUCAAUAAAAUAUGCUUAUUCUCUCGAAAAAAAAUUGUCAUUAUGGGAAGGUUGAUAAGGUUGUUAUUAAUGUUUGGGAGGGAUGAUGAAUGUGGAGGAGCAUGUGAUGAGCAUCCCAAGAAAGAGCACAUAUGUGGGCGUCCACUUGGGUUAUGCUUUAGCAUUCCAUCGAGUGACCUUUACAUCGCUGAUGCUUACAAAGGCUUAGUUGUUGUUGGCCUCAAUGGUGGCACUGCUAGAAGACUCAUAUCAACUGUAAAAGGUGAACCCUUGGCAUUUACAAAUGGCUUGGAUGUUGAUCAACGAACUGGAGCAGUGUACUUCACCAGCAGUAGUUCAAAACAUCAAAGGAGGAAUUACAUCUCUUUGAUCCUAAGCAGAGAAAAAACGGGGAAGCUAAUGAAAUAUGAACCACAAAGUGAAAAAGUUAGCAUUCUUGUAAACAAUCUAUCGUUUGCAAAUGGAGUAGCAUUAAGCAAAGAUGGUGACUAUAUUCUAAUAAUAGAGACCACAACCUGUAGAGUUCUAAGGUAUUGGCUAGAAACACCAAAAAUUGGAACCUUGGAAGUCUUUGCCGAUUUACCAGGUUUCCCAGACAACAUCAAACGGAGUCCAAGAGGGGGAUUUUGGGUGGGAAUUUACUCAAGAAGGGAAAAGCUUAUCCAAUGGAUUCUAUCAUAUCCUUGGAUUGGAAAAGUUUUGCUUAGGCUUCCUUUGGACAUUACAAAAGCUUAUUCAUAUUUGGCUAAGCUGAAAAGGAGUACUGGAUUAGCAAUUAGGCUAAGUGAGCAGGGUAAUAUAUUAGAAAUUUUUGAAGACAAAAUUGGGAACAGAGGGAGGUCUAUUAGUGAAGUGGAGGAGAGAGAUGGAAUAUUAUGGGUGGGAUCUAUAGAUGCACCUUUUGUUGCUAAGUAUAAUAUCAUUGAUGCAAAAGAACAAGGCAAAAGGAUUUGAAUUUUUUUUCUUCUUUCUCUUUGCUGUUACUUGAUUGUAUAGAAAAAGGGAAAUGGAUACGGGCAUCAUUGUGAAGUGAACUCCUUCUGUUAUGGAAGUAAAAUGCAGGGGUAGGGCACUCUCAAGUCUUUGAAUGAAACAAUUGAAGUUUUAAUGAA